GAGACGUCUAACAGGGAGGUUGGACCAGGCAGAUCGAUCUGCUUAUACACGUGUUCGUAGUGCGAGUCGCGCGGAUAUUCGGUUAUUGUGUUGUGUUCUCUUCGACUGUGUACCGGGACUUUGGUUUGAAGAGAACAAGGAUUAACAUUGAAGGCUGCGGGUGCGAUGGUGUCUCCACACUUCACUAGCCGUAUCACUUCCUAGUCAGUAACCAUGGGUCUAUGUCGGCAAUGCUGGUGUAUACUGUACUUAUGUCUACUGGCCACGUCGUUUACGCUUGGAGCCGAAGAGCCAGAACAUGACCCCGACGAUGAAGAUCUCCUGGAAGACCCUCUCCCAGCGGUUCUUCCAGGAGGCUCGGACCAGCACUCGGUCCCUCUCCCGGUCUUCCUAGAGGAACCGACAGACACGUACGUCAUCAAGAACAAACCAGCCACCAUAUCCUGCCGGGCGGCGCACGCUCUGGAGGUGUACUUUAAGUGUAACGGGGAGCGACACAAGAGCAGCACCGGGGAACAUCCUCACCUGGAGUUUGUGGACCCUCAGACAGGAGUGAGGAAUGUAGAGACCUCAGUGAAUGUGACCAGGGACGACGUAGAGGAAUACUUCGGCAAAGACAAGUUCAAAUGUGAAUGCGUCGCUUGGUCGUCCAGAGGGCAGAUACGUAGUCAACCCGCCGUCGUCGAUGUGGCUUAUUUGAAGAAGCAGUUCGACUCUCCACCAUACUCUCAGACCGUGGAGAUGGACCACCAGGCGGAGCUGAGGUGCCACGCGCCUCCGGGAGUGCCACCGCCACAGAUCUACUGGCUGAGGAACGGUCUGCCUCUGGAGACCGACACUAACGUGAUCGUCAGUAGUGAGGGUCACUUGCUCAUCAGUCAGGCGCGGCUCCAGGACACGGCCAACUACACCUGUGUUGCUGAGAACAUCGCCGCCAAGCGUAUCUCAGACCCCGCGCUGCUCACUGUCUAUGUGAACGGAGGGUGGUCGUCGUGGUCGUCCUGGUCGGAGUGCAACUCUCGUUGUGGUCGUGGGAUACAGAAGAGGUCCAGGAUCUGCAACAAUCCCCCGCCUCUCAACGGAGGCGCUCAGUGUACGGGACCCGCCCUACAGAAGGCGGACUGUACAUCUGUAUGUCCCGCCGUGGACGGUAGAUGGUCGGCGUGGUCGUCCUGGAGUGCCUGUGGUCCUGAUUGUAAACACACCAAGAGAAGAACUUGCAGCAAUCCUGCACCUUCCAACGGCGGCAGCUACUGUCAGGGCAAAGACACCGCUACGGCCAACUGUACUGGACCUCUGUGUACAGUAAUGCGGGAUGAGCCGAGUUCAUUGUUAACAGAGGAAGCGAGCAGAGCCGACGCCGAUGUGAAGGUUGCCUUGUACAUUGGUCUGAUCGUAGCUUGUGCUGUAUUCAGCUGCAUUGCAACAUUGUUGUUUCUGCUGCAUAGACGGAAAGGCAGAGACCACAGCAUGUACAACAUGGCUGUCUCCGAGUACCAACCGGAGUACCUUCCCAAUGAGGACAAGAAGACCUACCAGGUAGAGCCCCUCCAGCCGGACCUCACUCGUGGAGUCGUGAUUCCAGUAGCAGUGCCUAGCUGUUACGAAUACCCUUACUCCGAGACCGUGGACAAAUGUGGCUCCAUGCACAGAUCCUUCAGCGAUCAUCACUACGACGUACCUCACCUACACAGUCCCUACAGCCAGAGCAGAAGCACCUACUCGGACUCCUGCUCCAGUACAGACGGGUCCUGCAAGAGCUGUACUUCAGUCUGUGGCCUGGGAGACACCGACAGCUUGGCUACUGGGCCUGUCACGUUUGCAGGCACCAGACUAAGCCUGCCAGAUGCUGGAGUGUCUUUGACAAUCCCAGAGGGUGCGGUGCCUAAGGGAGUGAAGGAACAAGUCUAUCUCGCCGUGUUAAGAGAGGACAGACACAGGCCUAAGCUUAAGGAUGGGCUGACGCAGCUAAGCCCAGUAGUGCUGAGCGGACCUGGAGGAGUGACGCUGAAGAAGCCCGCAGUCAUAAGUAUGCAGCAUUGCGCCAGUCUUCAGCACGGCAACUGGAGGAUAUCUCUGUGGAGUUCAGACACACCUCUAGAUAUGGCGCCCACAUGGCAUGAGGUGGUGACGUUGGAAGAGGAGACCAUCAACACUCCAGUAUUUGCCCAGCUGGACGACAGUAGGCUGUUUCUGAUGACUGAGAGAUUGUCAAGGUUCGUCCUGGUAGGAGAACCAAGUCACGCUUCUGCUGAGAGACCUCUCAAGGUUCUAAGGCUUGCUGUGUUCGCUCCCUUGCCACUGUCCCAGCAGCCUCUGGACUACAGUGUCAGAGUGUAUAUUCUAGAGGACACAUCGGCUGCUUUAGAGGGUGUUAUUCAAAUGGAGAAGCAGCUCAGAGGAUGUUUGAUGGACAAAACGAAGACUCUACUGUUCCAAGAAGGUGGUGGAAAUUUGUGCUUAAGUCUUGAAGACAUUGGACCAGGCUGGAGAAGCAAGCUACAAGCAGAUUAUCAGGAGGUGCCGUUUCACCACGUAUGGCACAGCAGUCAGAACCACCUACAUUGCCAGUUCACCCUGGAGAGGGUUGAUCGUCAAGCACCCUCAGUCUGCUUCAGACUCCUCGUCAGUCAAGCGGGAUGUCACAACCAGCGACUCAUCUUCAGAGUCAACUCCGACCUCUCCUCGGACUCUAGCAGCUCUUCUUUCGGAAUCCAGGGCUGUCGAACCGUCACGAGCAGCAGUGGUUGUGGCUCUAGUGUUACUACGUGCGACACCAAGCCUUUCAAAUUUAGCAGAACACUGAGGAGGCAGCUCAGUCAAUGUCUGGACCCGCCCAACACCUCCUGCAACGACUGGAGAAUGUUGGCCCAGAAACUAAAUAUAGACAGAUAUCUGAACUAUUUCGCCACCAAGCCGAGCCCAACAGAGCACAUCCUUGACCUAUGGGAAGCCAGACACAGGGAACCCUCAGCUGUUACUGACCUGGUCAACAUAUUGAGAGUCAUGGGUAGAAAUGAUGCAGCAUCACUAAUAGAGAAGCAACUAGGACCUUGGCUGUAGUUAGCUACUGGUCAACACUAAUAAUUCUAAACAUAAACAUCAAAUACGUUGAUGAAAAUGAAUCAGAUACUAUACUUCGGCCCAACAAUAACAUACUGGAGGUACGUUACUUCAUGAAAAAAGUGAUUUAAGCUAACAAUAUUGUGAUAGACAUAUUUUGAAGUGUGCUGUAACCAAACUAGAGUAAUAUUUGGAUGUAGUAAUAUGCAGAGUAUAGACUUCGUUAUUGUUAAUAUGAGUUUACUAAUUACAUAUGAACAAUAAUUAGACUCUGUUAUAAAGUAUAACAUACACUACAGUAUCUUUGAAUCGAUUAGUAUAAGUGUUUCUUCUAAAAUAUGAUUAAACAUUUCUUGACUCGAGCUGUUUAACAAAAAUACAUUUGGCUUGAAUAAAGUUAAAGAAUGGUCUUUGACUUUACGUAUCAAUUAUAAUUUGACAAAUAAACAACAAGUAAAGUAUCAAAUGCAAAUAUACGUGAUAGCGUUAUAUUAAAUAUCACUGUAUUAUUUAUACUCUUUGAACAAAAGCUAGGAACUGUAUACUUCUCUAAUAUAUUUUUUUAUAGGCUGGCUUACUAUAAAUGUUACAUUGAUUAAUAUGCAUUUUAUGUACUAAUAUACAUACAAUUAUGUACUAAUAUUUAUUGGUAAAGGUAUUUCUUUCAAUUAGGUAUCUCUAUAUUUGAAAUCAUUACAUUCACGUACAACGAAAAUACCUCUUAACGAAUUUACAUUGGUAUAUACAUUAUUCUCAUCAUAUCUUGUAUAUUUAUGUACAUCCUAUAUUUUAUUAGUUACAAGACAUAAAUUUGUAAAAAUUGUAAGAAUAAACAAAUAUAUAUUAAAAAUAAUAAGUUUAUGUAAUAGGUAAGAAAUGGUCAGAUAUUUAUUUUAAAUGUUUCAUUUUUUUCCAUAAAAUACUAAAAUAUUUUAAAAGUACAAUAUCUACAAGGGAUAGAUUUGUUGUAAAAGGUUAAUACCGUACAAUACUACAAUAAAACAAUAUUAAACUAAGUAUACUCAAGCCAAUCAAUAACAUAAGUCUGUAAGAUAUACAUGUUCCUCUACCAUUAUACAGUUUAACCAUUUACAUAUUACGAAAUGUAAAUAUUUUCUAGAAUUUCUUACCCCGCCUGAUUUUUAUAAGUCAAUAUAUAGCGAAAUGAUAAUGUACGCGUAUUUCUAGAACCAAGUAGUUCCUUAAGGGCCUAGGCCAAUAAAACUUCAAAGUUCCCAGUACUAAAUAUAACUGGAAUUGAGUAAAUUGGAUGUAUGGCGCAUUGAUAUUUUUGUAUUCCUUUAUAGAGGCCACGAAGUUAAUGUAUAGUGUCAUAGAUUUUUAUACUAUUUAUUUAAAAGGUGAUUUGUAGAUCUUUAUUUAUGAUAACAAUCGUGUUAUACUGUUUAACCGAGUAUGUAGAAAUUUGUAGAUUGUUGUACAAUAACUGUAUAUGAGAUGUUUGUGUCUUAGUAGAAAUGUACAAACGUAAUGUAUAUGUACUGUGUACAUAGAGAUCAGUAAAAUAUUUUUUACAAUG